CUCUGCGCACCUUUAAUGCGUCGUGAUCUCUCUCCUCCAAUCCCGACAAAGUACACCAUCGUCUCCUGUCUUGAUGUUCUCCCUCCCUCCCUCCCUCUCUCCUCUCCUAUGAUAUGCUCUCCUCCGGCCUCGCCUCCUCUCUUCUCCUUCCUCCCGCCAUCGUCCUCCCUGCAACGCACUAGAGUGGUCGACAAACCCAACCAGAACUCCAUAAAAUAGUGUCGAUCUCCGCAAGCACACCUCUAUCUCUCUCCAUCUCUUUCUCUGUCUGAAAAAAAUUGCUACCGAGAACAGCAGUGUUUCCCCUAAUCCCUAGCGCCUAGCCCUUGCUUGUUUGAUCCCACUCUCUGCCUCUCGCUCCAACGCCGCCGCCGACGGCGCUGCCGUGCCUCCACCGCCCCACAUCAUCACAACAAAUCAGCUCAUCAGCCCCACAAGAACUGUUCGUCGUAGGUCACCAAAUCCAUUACUACCCAUACUCCACCAGGCUCCAGCUCCCUGAGCAAAAGAACACCAUCUUGUGUAUAUAUACCAUGGUCUAAUCGGCCAUGGACGUCAGCGGAGACGCCGGCGGAGGUCGCCGCCCCAACUUCCCCUUGCAGCUGCUAGAGAAGAAGGAGGAGCAGCCUUGCUCCACGUCCCCGGCGGCUGGUGUGGGCGCCGGCGCCGGGGCUAAUGGGGCGGCGGGUCCGGGAGAGUUGCAGGUGAGGAAGCUGGCGCCGCCGAAGCGGACCUCCACCAAGGACCGGCACACGAAGGUCGAUGGGCGCGGGCGGCGCAUCCGGAUGCCGGCGAUUUGCGCUGCGCGGGUGUUCCAGCUGACUAGGGAGCUGGGGCACAAGACGGACGGCGAGACCAUCGAGUGGCUGCUGCAGCAGGCGGAGCCGGCGGUGAUCGCGGCCACGGGCACCGGCACCAUCCCGGCCAACUUCACCUCUCUCAACAUCUCCCUCCGCUCCUCGGGCUCGUCCUUCUCCAUCCCGGCACAUCUCCGCGCCCCCGGCCUGCCCGGCACACGCUUCGGCGGCGCGCGGGGCGACCCGUGGGACCGCGUCGUCGGGCUCGGGUUCGGCGGCGCCGAGGGCCCGCCAUCCGCCACCUCCUCGGCGUCGUCCCCGCUGCUGCUGAGCUUCCACUCCGGCAGCGUCGGUCUCGACGUGUCACCGUCGUCAUCGUCUGCCGCCGCCAGCUCCGACCUGUCAAGGAAGCGGCGGUGGGAGCAAGAAAUGCAGCAGCAACAACAGCAGCAGCAAUACCAGCAGCAGAUGGCCGGGUACACGCAGAGCCAAAUGCCGGGCACCGUGUGGAUGGUGCCGAGCAGCAACGCGCAGGCCGCAGCAGCAGCGGCCGGCGGAGGCGGCGGCGGAGGCGAGUCGAUCUGGACGUUCCCGCAAGGAGCCAGCGGCGGCGGCGCGGCGACCUUGUACCGCGGCGUGCCGAGCGGGCUACAUUUAAUGAACUUCCCCGCGCCGAUGGCGCUGCUCCCCGGCGGGCAGCAGCUCGGGCUCGGCCAAGCGGGCGGCAACAACGACAAUGGCGGCGGCGGAGGGGAGGGCCACAUGGGGAUCCUCGCCGCGCUCAACGCGUACCGCGUGCAGGCCGCCUCGGACGCUGCGGCUGCGGCGCAGAACGGAGCGGAGGGCGGAUCCAGCCAGCACCACCAGCAGCACGGCGGCGGCGAGCGGCAGGAGAGCAUGAGCCCCAGCGACGACUCGUAGGUCGGUCGUCUCCGCGUGCGCGUGCGUUCGUGCGCUGGUCGUCCGCUGAGGCGUCGUCGUCUCUCCUGUUUUUUAAUCUGUUCUUCUUGGCUUCUUGUUUGCGGUUUUUGGCUUGCAUUGCAUUGUUCUGGCUCCUUCAGAUUCUCGCAAGGAUCAUACAGUUGCAUUUCAUGGCAUCUGGGAUAAUCAUUCUCUAUAUUC